AUGGCCGACUUCGUCGACCCCCGGAUGACCUCCAUCAAGCCCCGCAUCCGCUACAAUACCAUCGGAGGUAUCAACGGACCGCUGGUGUUCCUCGAUAACGUCAAAUUCCCCCGCUACAAUGAAAUCGUGUCGUUGACCCUUCCCGAUGGCACGGAGCGCUCCGGUCAGGUACUGGAAGCUAGAGGCAGCCGAGCUGUCGUUCAGGUCUUCGAAGGCACCUCGGGUAUAGAUGUUAAGAAGACUAAAGUUGAAUUCUCCGGUCACAGCUUGAAGCUGGGUGUGUCCGAGGAUAUGUUGGGUCGUGUCUUCGAUGGUUCAGGACGCGCGAUCGACAAGGGUCCUAAGGUGUUGGCCGAGGAUUACCUCGACAUCAACGGACAGCCUAUCAACCCCUACUCUCGAGUGUAUCCCGAGGAAAUGAUUUCGACCGGUAUAUCCGCUAUCGACACCAUGAACUCCAUUGCCCGUGGACAGAAGAUUCCCAUCUUCUCCGCCGCUGGUCUUCCUCACAACGAAAUCGCCGCUCAGAUCUGUCGUCAAGCCGGUCUGGUCAAGCGACCCACCAAAGACGUGCACGAUGGUCAUGAGGAGAACUUCUCGAUUGUCUUCGCUGCCAUGGGUGUUAACAUGGAAACCGCUCGUUUCUUCACUCGUGAUUUCGAGGAGAACGGCAGUAUGGAGCGUGUCACCUUGUUCUUGAACUUGGCCAACGAUCCCACCAUCGAGCGAAUCAUUACUCCUCGUUUGGCCUUGACCACUGCAGAAUACUACGCUUAUCAAUUGGAGAAGCACGUGUUGGUCAUCAUGACCGAUCUGUCGGCCUAUUGUGAUGCUCUGCGUGAGGUCUCGGCCGCCCGUGAGGAAGUUCCCGGACGUCGUGGUUACCCCGGUUACAUGUAUACAGAUUUGUCCACUAUCUAUGAGCGUGCUGGUCGUGUUGAGGGCCGCAAUGGAUCAAUCACCCAGAUCCCUAUUCUGACGAUGCCUAACGACGAUAUCACUCAUCCUAUCCCCGAUCUGACAGGAUAUAUUACGGAGGGCCAGAUCUUCGUUGAUCGUCAGCUCGCCAACAAGGGUGUCUACCCUCCCAUUAACGUCCUGCCUUCGCUGUCCCGUCUCAUGAAGUCUGCUAUUGGAGAGGGACGUACCCGUAAGGAUCACUCGGAUGUUUCCAAUCAGCUGUACGCCAAGUACGCCAUUGGUCGUGAUGCCGCCGCCAUGAAGGCCGUCGUCGGAGAGGAGGCCCUUUCUUCCGAGGACAGGCUGUCCCUGGAAUUCCUCGAUAAGUUCGAGCGAACUUUCAUCAGCCAGUCCCCGUACGAGUCUCGCACGAUUCAGGAGUCCCUCGACAUUGCCUGGAACCUGCUCCGUGUGUACCCCAAGGAACUGCUCAACCGUAUCCCCAAGCGUGUCCUGGAUGAAUUCUACGCCCGCUCCGCCCGCAAGAUCGCCAACAAGGACACCCGCGACAACUCAGGGGAGCAGCAGCAAAGUGACAAUCUCAUCGAUGCUUAA